AAGCUUAAAUACUUGGAAAUAAAAAAAUCAAGGAAUGAUAGAAAAUUUACUGAAGGAAUGAUUUCAAAAAUUGCUAAAGCAAUUCCUGCCACUCUUGAAGAAUUGGAUUUCAACUUAAGAACUGCUCGUAAUAUUUUCGAAGAAUGGGAUAUCAAAUUAACUGAUCAAGGACAUUUAAACGUACUUCUCAAAGAGUGUAACGUUCCUUUAUCAAAAUUAACUAUUCAUAUGUAUGAACUAAAUAAUGAAUCUUUAAAUUUUAUUAUAGAUUAUGCUGUUAGAAUUGGUAGUUUGAAAGAGUUACGUUAUGAUGCUGAUGGACGUUUUACAAAUAAUGUUCUCAUGAAGGCAGAAAAAGUUAUACCUAUAAUUACAAAUAUUACUGAAGACCUGUAUUAA